UAGUUUCUUGGAAAGAAUUGAAAAAAUUAUCUAAACCGAUUUCGUAUAAACCCUAAACUUCUCUAUCGUAUUAAUUUAGUGGAAGUUUUCCUAAAAACAAAGUAUACAAUAACUCAUUAAUCAACUCUAACGCAUGGCUUCCGCAUUGAGAAAAGGAAUACAGAGAGGAUUUCAUGGGAGAGGAAGUAUUAAUGGAUGCUUACAUACAUUCUCAAGAUUCACCAAUGCUUUUGCUCUUCCACCAUCAAUGGACCCAAUGCCAUCUCCUCCUUUGACUCUACCGGAUGAUUUUCAUUCCGAAUUUUCCCGCCAUUUUCCGGGUUUUACCCCUGGUGGAGGAUCCAUGGAUCUUAUGGCUGUUCCCAAAAAGAAGGUUUCACGUCAUAAAAGAGGCAUUAGAAAUGGACCGAAAGCUUUGAAGCCUACUCCGGUUAUAAUCCGAUGCACGUGUUGCGGUCGUGUGAAGCUGCCACAUUUCUACUGUUGUGGUGGUCACAGGGAAGAUCCUGGAGAAAGAAGCGAUGCAGUCAAUUGAUAUUGCUCUUUGCUUCCAUAACUGAUAUCUUCUUCAUAAUCCUCUCUCUUUCUUAAAGAGUGAAAAUCAGAAGUUGCUAGAGUUUGAUGUACCCAUUAGCAUAUGCUUAAAUCACAUUUGGGUAUUUGGUCCUUUCGACACAACGAUGAAAUAUCACCUGAGUGCAUCACUUUUAUUCUCUGGCUUCGGAGUUUCUUUGUUGACAAAUUUGCUGGUAGACUGAUUUUGUAUUUUGGAGGGUUGAAGGAUACAGUAGAAAGUUUUUAGUUUAGUCUUUUGUUUGGUAAGUUUCAUGUUAUGAGAUGAAAAUGGAUAAAUUACAGCCUUGGUGGGUUUCUUUCAUAGUUUCAUGUAUUGUAAUUGGGUUUCUUUUUUUGUAGAAAGUAAUUAACUUGAAUUCUAUUGGUAGCUCUUCUUAUUAACAUGUAGGAGCUCUAGUUACAUGUAUGCACACUUAAUAAUAACUCUACAUACUGCUGGACUGCUGGUAGCUCUUCUUUGUAUGUGGUGAGCACUAAGGAUGCCUUGUCUCGUGUGAAAUCGAUAAGUAUAUUCUAAUGUUGAGUUUGAUUGGUUGCCUCCUCGGGACUCGUAUGAUUCAUGAAGUUGGAGGUUGAGCUAUUCAUAGUUAAUCAAAAAUAUGCAUUAUUGUAAGAAAAUUAGCAAUUAUUGUGAGUAGUUUUUUAAAAAUGUUUAAGGAGAACUAAUUUUGUAUUGGGAUGAGAUAUAGUUGAGAUUUUGCAAAUCAACUAAUAGGUCCUUUGCUUUGUAGUUUGUACAUAGGAAGUUUCAAGUCUGG